UUGAAGGCGCCACAGAUAAUGUUCAACGAACGACAGCUGAAAAAGUAUAAAAACCGCAGCAUUACUGUGAAUUGGCAUCAAAAAUAAUAAUUAAAAAAUGCGUUUGGGAGCAACAGUGCCGAAUUUCAAAGCCGAAACCACCAAGGGGCCCAUUAGCUUCUACGAUUGGCAGGGCAACUCUUGGGUUGUACUGUUCUCGCAUCCGUCGGACUUCACACCCGUCUGUACCACUGAACUGGGUCGCAUCGCUGUCCAUCAGCCGGAGUUCGCUAAGCGUAAUGCCAAGUGUUUGGCCCAUUCAGUGGAUGAUCUGAAGUCACAUGUUGACUGGGUAAACGACAUCAAGUCCUAUUGUCUGGAUAUUCCCGGUGAAUUCCCGUACCCCAUAAUUGCCGAUCCUCAUCGUGAUUUGGCUGUACUCUUUGGCAUGUUGGAUGAGGAGCAGAAGCGAGAUGCAGAAAUUGGCAAAACCAUACGCGCACUCUACAUCAUCAGCCCCGAUCAUAAAGUGCGUUUGUCGAUGUUCUAUCCCAUGUCCAUGGGCCGUAAUGUUGAUGAGAUUUUGCGUUGUCUCGACUCAUUGCAAUUGACUGACAAGCUGAAGGUGGUGGCCACACCCGCUAACUGGACGCCUGGUACGAAAGUUAUGAUUCUACCCGAUGUGACCGACGAGGAGGCAAAUAGACUAUUCCCAAAAGGCUUCGACAAGGUUUCAAUGCCGUCCGGUGUCAAUUAUGUCAGAACCACAGAAAAUUAUUAGAUUUUAAUGCUGCAAAAUUAUCAAAAUCAAAAUCAAAGCAAAAAUAAUUACAAUUUGAUUCUGUUCGAAUUGAGUUGGUGCCCUUAUCUGUAUGUUUUAAGUAUGUGCUGAUCAUUUUAAAAAUGAUUUUGUGCUUGAUUUUUAGAUUAUUGUUAUUUUUAAGUGAAAAAAAAAACAAAAAAUAAAUUUUGAGUGCAAUUCAAUUU